AUUUUUUGGAGGUCUUCCUUCAUAUUUUUUUUUAUCUUUUGCCUUUUCUUCUCCUCGACGCAGCUGUUCAUCGCCUGGAAAGCAACGAUUCGCCGUCGUCGUUUCGUCUGAGAAGUGAGAACGCUGCUCCAAUGGCAGAGAACUCGUCGAGGAAGAACCUUAAACGAUCCUUCUUAGAAGAUGAAGAUUCCAAUAAGCAACCACCAGAAAAGCGGGUUCGGUUUCCAAAGGGGAAGAAAGAUAAACCUGACCAAGUCUUAGAAGAAGAGGCUGUUGCUCGCCGCCAAGCUCGUACUGCUGCUAUGGAGCGUGCUCAGAUUCGAAAUCAGAUUACUGCUGACCUCUUUGAAGACGAUGAUGAAGCUGAGGAGGCUUAUGAGAAUGACGGGAACCGCACAGAAGAUGGGAUCCAAAUAGAAGCUUUUAGUCUGGAGAGGGAGAAAGAAGAAGGAUACUUUGAACCUGAUGGGAAUUUUGUAGAGUAUGUCAGAGAAAAGGAAGUCAAGGAUGCAUGGCUUGACAGUAUUGAAACUAAUCCAAUGUAUAUGGGACGGUCUGCUGCGAAUGAUACUGAGAAGGAUGAAGAUAGUGGGAACGAAAAACCAGUGGAGGAACUUUCUCAAGAAGAUAUUGGAGUAAGGAAGAGGCGUAUAGCUAACGUUCUUGAGCCAGGAGAAACGGUCUUGCGAGCUUUGAGGAGGUUGAAAGGCAACUCGAAUAAUCGCAAAGAGAAGAUGACUUCUGAGACAAAGCUUAUCUUUGAUCAGCUUACUGAGGAUGCGGACAAGCUCAUACAAAAUGGCGACUACAAUGUUUAUCACGAGGAGCAAGAAGUUUUUCAACGUGAAGCAGAGGGAUAUGAGAGACUAGCUCAAGCGAGAGGAAAUGGGAAUGCUAAUACAGAAUCGUGUGAUAUGUUUGGCGAUGACGAAGAAGAUGCUCCAAAUCCUUCCUCCAAUCUACCCUCUGUCACUCAACUUAAUCCUGGUACCACAAUUGCUGAAACUGGAGCCUUGCAACAGGGGUACACAAACGAUGGAUCUGAUUAUGUCUUUGACGAGUCUUCAGGGUACUACUACAGCAGCAGUCUUGGUUACUAUUAUGACCCAAACACUGGACUAUACUGCUCCGCAACAACCUGCAAAUGGUACAAGUACGACGAAGAGACGAAGGCAUAUGAAGAGGUGGUUUCUGAAGUUGCUUCGGGGGAAGUUUAAUUCUACUUUAAGUUCUUUUGUCUGUACUUUUAGCGUAAGGUUAACAGUUUUUCCGAGCUAAACAUGGUUUUUGUUUUUUAGUCUGCAAAAUCAGCACAUAAUAACAUCAUUUUGAAUAUAUAUAUAUAUAUAUAUAUAUUUGGAUUUAUUUAUUUUAUCAUUGAUUUUAGUAUUCGACAACUGAGAAA